AUGUAUUCGUCAUUGGUACUUUUCUUCCUGUUUCACCUGGCGGGUUUCAAGCUACCGAAGCACGUGGACGAUCGGGAGGCGGAGUGGCCAAUCGCGGCGCGGGGAGCGGAUGAGGAGCACAACGGGGGAGGUCAUUCCGACGACGAGAGGUCGAUCGCGGGCGACUCGUGGUCCGUGAAGAGCGAGUAUGGCAGCACGCUAGACGGCGACGAGGCGCGCACGGCCGAGAUGAUGUGCGGGACGGCGAUUGCGGAGGACUCGCAGCCGAGCGGGAGUGCACCGGAGGAGAGGGAGCAGCAGGAGCUGAACGGGUUGCGAGAGCACGAGGGAGGCGCGGAGGGACACAGCGCGUAUACCCACCAGAGCAACUUGCAGGGGGAACUGGGGGGGCUGAGCGGGCUGCUAGCGGGCAGCGCGCCGAGCGAGGGGAGCCUGGACGACCGAAUAUCGGAUCUCGAUGGUUGUGCGGGGGGAGAUGGGGAUGAUGAUGGGGAUGAUGAUGGAGAUGAGGAUGAGAAUGGGGUUGAGGAUCGGGAUGGGGCGGCGGGCAUGCGGAAUGAAGCAAGGGGGGAUGGUUUAGGCACAUACGCGGACGAGUUACAACAGUUCAAGGAAUGCGGUGAUCCCGGCGAGAUAUGGUUCGGCGGGGACGUGAUGGAGACGUGCGCGGAGUGGACAGCGCGGAUAGCCGCCGCCACUGCUGCCGCGCUCGCUGCAGGCGCGCUUGCAGCAACCACUGCUGGGGGCGAUUCAACAGGCGCGGAGCAAGGGGGCGAGGGGGAGGGGGAAGAGGACAAGGGGGAGGCGGCAGCAGGGGCGAGAGGGGCGUCAGGGGAGGGCGCGUCAGGGGCAGCAGCAGCAGGGCUGGCAGGGGCGGCGGCGGGGUGGCGGGUGGUGGAUGUGGGCACGGGUAACGGACUGCUGCUGCACGCACUGGCCCGACACGGGUGA